ACGUGAGCACGGUCUCCGUGGUGCCGCGGGGGCACCGUCGCAGCCUGGUGCCCACCCCUGUCCCUGUGACUGGGGCAGGGCUCCCUGAGGUCAGCAGGAAGCCCUCAAACUGUGGGCCUGGGUUUGGUCUGGGCAGCAGGGGGCAGCAGAGCCCCUGGUCCUGUAGCUGGAGUGGCCUGGCAUGUGAGUCACCUCUGAGGAUGGAUGAGCUGCCUGGGCCAAGGGCUGUGUCCUGUGGGGCCGAGCCUUGUCCAGCCCUCCUGGGGGCGACCUGCCGUGAAUACCUUGGUGCUGCUGUGGGCCCUUCCCAGCCAAGCUGCCUCUUUCCGCUGAAUUCCACGUGUGCCAUUUUCAAGAUUGAGUUCUGACCAUCCGCUCCAGGAGGCCCCUGGGCAGAUGAGGGUUGAUGAGGGUGCCCAAGGACAGGGGUGCCCUGUGGAGGGGAUGCCCGGAGCUGAGGGGUGGCUGCAAGCCACAAACUGCUUCCUCUCCUCAGCUGCCGUGUGUGCAGGCAUGACUUGUGAGUAAGCAGGCUUAUCUGCUGACCGAAUUGCUGCAGUCCCAGCUUGUGCAACUCGGGAGCUGAGCACAGAUGCCCAUCUGACCCCAAGUCCCAAAGCCCCGGGCCCCUGUCCUAGGCUUGGGCAGCGGGGUUUUCUGAGGCACCUCCAGGUUGCACGCGGUGACGGUGGGAGGGAGCGGACUGUGGGCAUGGGGUGGAGGGUGGGGGUCCUGGCCACCAGUGUGGCGUCCUUGGUGAGCCGAGUGUCCUGGUCUGGGCAGCUCACCGUGGGUGUUUUUGCCCAAAUAGGGGCUUGCUGCUUCGGCACUUCUGCUUUCAGGUGGCAUAUGUGGCACCAGAGAAGAGAAGUGCAGUUGCCAGGAGGGUUUGCGUGGUUUCGUAACACGCAGUUGGGUGUGAGCUCAGGGACAGGAGCUGCCUGCGCCGUCACUGUGGCCUUGGGGCUUGUCACCUGCGCCCGAGAUGCCCCAAAGUGUGUGUGGCCCUUCCCGCCUUGUCUUGCUUUUCUGCCAUUCACUUUGGGGGAGAUGGUGGGCCGUUGCCUGCCUGGUCUGGAGCCCUGUGGGCCCCACGCCCUUUCACCUGCAGCCUGGACAUGGCCCAGGGAGCACAUCCAGCAGCGAGGCUUGGGCCCCACCAGCCAGUCCAGCUGCAGGAGGCCUGAAUCCCAGGUACCAGGCCAGAGUGGCCCGGGUCAGCGUGUCCACCUACCCCUGCGUUAAUUCGGUCCGUGCUUAUCAAGUUUUGCUGGACCCUGGAUAAGGGACAACACUAUCCAAGAGCCGCGGGGGACCAGAAAUACACCUGGGAGGCGGGGCGGGGCUGGCCCCCAGGUGCCCAGGCCCCGCCCCUCCCAGCGUCCCUGGAGCCGAUUGGCGGCGGGCGGGGGGCUGGCCGCCAGGGCGGGGCGCGCGGGAGUGAGUCCCUGAGCCAGUACUGCGCCGCUGGGCGCGGAACUUCCUCCUCGCGCUCACCGUGAACGACCCCAGACCUCCAGAUCCCUGGCCUGGACCCUGGAACCUCGGGCCCUGAGCCUGCCAGGCCCCGACCCUCAGGCCACCUCCUCCCUCGUCCACCCCGUGCCAUGCGCGGCCUCGAGCUCCCGCUGCUGGCUUCGCUGUGGCUGCAGGUGGUCGCCCCCAGGGCUGCCCUGCCCCACCUGGAGCAGUACGAGGUGGUGUGGCCCCGGCGCCUGCCAGGACCCCGCGCCCGCCGAGCCCUGCCCUCCCCCUCGGGCCAGUACCCAGAGAGCGUGAGCUAUGUCCUGGAGGCCAGAGGGCACGCCUUCACUGUGCACCUUCGGAAGAACAGGGACCUCGUGGGCUCAGGCUACACAGAGACCUACACAGCCACCAAUGGCUCCCAGGUGACAGAGCAGCUGCAGAGGCAGGACGACUGCUUCUACCAGGGCCACGUGGAGGGGCACCAGCGCUCCGCCGUCAGCCUUAGCACCUGCUCGGGCCUCAGGGGCUUCUUCCGGGCCGGCUCUGCUGUCCACCUGAUCGAGCCCCUGGAGGGCGGCGGAGAGGAAGGACGGCACGCGCUGUACCAGGCUGAGCACCUGCAGCAGAAGGCCAGAACCUGCGGGGUCAACGACAGCAGCCUGGAGAGCAUCCUGGGCCCUCGGAUCUCGGCCGCCCUCAGGCCCCGGAACUGGCCACUACCCCGAGAGACCCGCUACGUGGAGCUGUUCGUGGUCACGGACAGCACAGAGUUCCGGCAGCUGGGGAGCAGAGAGGCCGUGCGCAGGCGGGUGCUGGAGGUGGUGAACCACGUGGACAAGCUUUAUCAGGAGCUCAACUUCCGUGUGGUGCUUGUGGGCCUGGAGAUCUGGAACAGUGGGGACAAAAUCGCCAUCAGCUCUGACCCCGACACCACCCUGAACAACUUCCUGGCCUGGCGGGCUCGAGACCUCGCCUCGCGACACCUGCAUGACAACGCGCAGCUCAUCACCGGGGUUGACUUCACCGGGACCACCGUGGGGCUGGCCAAGGUGUCCGCCAUGUGCUCCCGGGACUCAGGGGCUGUGAACCAGGACCACAGCCACAACCCCAUCGGCGUGGCAAGCACCAUGGCGCACGAGAUGGGCCACAACCUGGGCAUGGACCAUGAUGAGAACGUCCAGGGCUGCUUCUGCCCAGUGCCACAGGGUGGCGGCGGCUGUGUCAUGGCAGCCAGCCUUGGCUCUGCGUUCCCCAGAAUGUUCAGCCAGUGCAGCCGGACCGACCUGGAGACGUUCUUGGAGAAGCCGCGGACGGCCUGCCUGGCAGACGCCCCAGACCCUGACCGGCUGGUGGGCGGCCCCGUAUGUGGGAACCGCUUCGUGGAGCGCGGGGAGCAGUGUGACUGCGGCCCGCCCGAGGACUGUCAGAACCGCUGCUGCAACGCCAGCACCUGCCUGCUGGCCGAGGGGGCCGAGUGUGCCCACGGCGCCUGCUGCCACGAGUGCAGGGUGCAGCUGGCCGGGAAGCCAUGCCGUCCCCCAAAGGACGAGUGCGACCUUGGGGAGUUCUGCGAUGGCCAGCAGGCCCUGUGUCCAGAGGACGCCUUCCAGGAGAAUGGCACCCCCUGCCGGGGGGGCUACUGCUACAACGGGGACUGCCCCACACUGGCCCAGAGGUGCCAGGACUUGUGGGGGCCAGGUGCUCGAGUGGCCGUGGAGGCGUGCUACGCCAACAGCAUCUCCGCAGGCUGUGUAGGCGGGGUCUCCAGAGGCAGGACCCACAGAUGUGGCACUCUGUUCUGCGAGGGGGGACAGAAGCCCCUCGAGCGGAGUUCCUGCACCCUCACCUCCCACUCGGGCACCUGCCAGGCUCUUAACCAGGACGACAGCGCCGAGUAUGAGCCAGUGCCUGAAGGCACCCGGUGUGGCUCAGAGCAGGUUUGCUGGAAAGGACUCUGCCAGGACCUCCACGUUUACAGAUCCAGAAACUGCUCUGCCCGGUGCAACAACCAUGGGGUGUGCAACCACAAGGACCAAUGCCACUGCCACCCUGGCUGGGCCCCGCCCCACUGUGCAGAGCUGCUGUCCACCGCGCACCCAGCGUCCGGGAGCCUCCAGAUAGGCUUGGUGGUACCACUGGUGCUCCUGGGGGCUCUGGUGCUCGCCGUGGCAGCUGUGGGCAUCUACCGCAGGACCCGGAGCCCCGUCCAAGGGCGGAAUGUGGGGCCUAAGACGGCCGUGGGGCUCUCCAACCCCCUGUUCCCUGGGGGCCACGGCACACCAGGGGCCAGCAAGGCUCCGGCUCCCAGUGUGUGCCCCCCGGAGCUGGUCCCUGCUUCCGACCCCAGCCAGCAUCCCAAGCCCACAGCUUCUCCGCUGACACCUAAGCGGCCACCCCCUGCUCCUCCAGCUGCCAUGUCCAGCCCACUGUUCCCAGUUCCUGUGUACGCCCCGCAGGCCCCAGGCCAGCUCAGACCUGCUCCUCCCGCCAAGCCUCUCCCGGUGCUGAAGCCCAAGCAGGUUGUCAAGCCAAACUGUGCUCCGCCAAUGCCUCCCGUCAAGCCUGGGGCUGGAGGGGCCCAACCUGGUCCCCCUCAGGGAGCUGCUGGGCCAAAGGUCGCUCUGAAACCCCCUGUCCAGAGGAGGUGAUGCACCCGCCAGAGCUCAAAGCACUCUGGGGGGGGCGCCUUGCACCUGUCCGCCUGUGGUUUGUGUGACCUCACCACCCGCAGCAGCAGAUGCAGCUCCUCCCCCGGGGGCUGGAUUCACUGUGAAAAGUCCUAAAAGAAGAGCCAGCUCCUCAUGAUCAAGGCCCCUCUCCGGCAUCCCAGGAUCCCAGCCCAGGACUUCGCGUUAGGCCCUUGGCUGCUGUCCGGACCUCAGGAAUGGGUCCUCUCAAGGCCCUCACUGUCGUGGGGCCAGGCCAGUCCCUCACACACGGGUGCCUCCAGAGCCACGGGUGUCUUGUCUGGGUCUCUGUAAACCUCAGGUGCAUAUUCAGCAGGGCUGAAAAAUUUAAUGCAAUGUUUGUAUUUCACGAUUAAGUUAUUGAUCAAGUUCUAAAUUUUUGCAAGAUCCGUGGAAAAUGGUGCAACAAUGUGAAUUUAUAAGAUUUAAAGGUCCAACGCUUGGUAAAAUAAAACGUCUACUGUGAACGGGUAGUGCCAACCUU